AUGUGGGAGCCGCCAAGAGUGAGCGGAGGAAGCUGGGUUUUAUUUCUUGAAGCAUCACUGCCGCUGGAGCUACCAUCGUCGGAGCUUCUAGUAGUCGGAUUCUACCACCAUUCACCGUCGCUGCUGUCGUCGGAGUUAGGGAAGAAGAGGUACUUUCGGUUCGAAAGGGAAGGGCCCAACUUGCCUGCACAACAUCCCCAAAGUUUUCCGCAUUGACAAUUAAUGAUAUUACUCUGAUGUUUAGAUAAUAUAUUCACUUUGAUCGGUUUUGGAACAACUCGUUAUAUGUUUAUUGUUUUAAAAAUGAAAAUUUUAAUCUUCGAUUUUCGGG